CACCACCUACUGAGCUUGUUCUCUCCACACACUCACUGAAUUGCUAAGCUAAGCUCUUCGUCUUUUUCUGGGUACUAUAUGGUUUCUUUCUUCCAUUCUUGUAGUUUAAAAACACAAUCUUUUAGUGAAAAAUCCAUAUGAUUCUCACUGAGUAACCAACAAAAAUCGAAACUUGCUUAGAUUUUUGCAUCUGGGUCACUGAACCCAACUCAAAUUCACUAGCUUUCCUUUGUGGGUUUUCUGUGUUUGAUAUAUCCAUGGCUUCUGCAAUGCUAAGUGGAGCUGAAAACCUAAGACUCAUAAGAGGAAUAACCCCAAAAGGGUUAGGUUUUAAGGGUUCAGAUUUUCAUGGGAGGCAUUUUCCCAAGCUGGGUUUGGUGUCUAGUACUAGGAUUUCCAAGGCUAGGACCAUGGUGCCCCUGUGUAGUGUAUCAAAUUCAAGGCCAGCUUCACAGCCUAGGUUCAUACAGCACAAGCAAGAGGCAUUUUGGUUCUAUAGGUUCCUCUCAAUUGUGUAUGACCAUGUUAUAAAUCCUGGGCAUUGGACUGAGGACAUGAGGGAUGAUGCACUUGAGCCUGCUGAUCUCAGUGACCGGAAUAUGAUAGUAGUAGAUGUUGGUGGUGGAACCGGGUUUACCACCUUGGGGAUAGUUAAGCAUGUUGAUGCCAAGAAUGUUACAAUUUUGGAUCAGUCACCUCAUCAGCUUGCUAAGGCUAAGCAGAAGGAACCCUUGAAGGAGUGCAAAAUUAUUGAGGGCGACGCGGAGGAUCUCCCUUUCAAAACUGAUUAUGCAGAUAGAUAUGUAUCUGCAGGAAGUAUUGAGUACUGGCCAGACCCGCAGCGUGGCAUCAAGGAAGCAUACAGGGUGUUAAAACUUGGAGGAAAAGCAUGCUUAAUUGGCCCUGUUUAUCCAACAUUUUGGUUGUCUCGCUUCUUUGCAGAUGUCUGGAUGCUUUUCCCUAAGGAGGAAGAGUACAUUGAGUGGUUCGAAAAGGCUGGAUUUAAAGAUGUCCAGCUGAAAAGGAUUGGCCCAAAAUGGUAUCGUGGAGUUCGUCGCCAUGGACUGAUUAUGGGCUGUUCUGUGACUGGUGUCAAACCUGCAUCUGGCGAUUCUCCUUUGCAGCUUGGUCCGAUAGAAGAGGAUGUAAGAAAGCCCGUAAAUCCACUUGUAUUCCUCCGGCGGUUCAUUUUGGGUGUCCUGGCAUCAGCAUACUAUGUUCUUGUUCCAAUUUACAUGUGGAUCAAAGAUCAAGUCGUGCCCAAAGGUCAACCAAUCUGAGAGGGAAUUUCUUGGCUCCUGCACCUGAUUGCAAUGCUCUAUCCAUAUGAGUACAUUUUCUUCCCUCAUUUGUAAACAAGUCAGCACCUUAAUAGCCCUUUUCGUGGUUCUAUUGAUGCUUUUGAAAAUAAGUUUGCACUAGAGUCUACUAGUCUUCUGUAGUUUUAUAGUUUGCACUAGCGUCUACUAGUCUUCCGUAGUUUUAUGUAUCUAUGUUCAGUUAUUCACUGUUUUCCGAGUAACCACUAACUUGAAAAUGCAAUGCUUUGGUGAUGAAGUAUUCACUCUUUUCUUUCA